AUGUCUGAAGCCUCGCCACUCAUCUCACCUGCUGCAUCGACUACCUCUUUCUCAACCGCUUGCACCUCCAUAUCACCAACGGAGAUCACCCAACCACGAUAUCUUCAAGAUGAAGAACAGAGCCAACGACAGCACAAAGCACCUGUGCGAAACUACAGCCGUCCUCAGCGUCGACGCGAGAUCACCAGCCAGACCUUGCUGCUCUCGUCACCGUUAGCAACUCUAAUCUAUACCGCGUCCAGCACUGCUGCUGCUCUCCCACUGACAAGCACGACAUCGGCAAACAUUCCCCCCAGUUAUUCAGUUGUUAAUGAGAAGGGUAAUGUGCUGAGGAAGAAGAGGGCUUCAGGUGGUAGGCCGGAGAGGCUGGUUCGAAUGGGUGGACCGGAGAUUAGAGUCGUGGUUACCAGUUCUGAGAGUGUUUCGGAAGAGUUCCUCUGUCCUUAG